AUGAAGGAGUCUACAAGUAUCUCCUCUGCUCCAGCUGAAAGGACGCCGUCGUUGUUCGACUCCGCGACGGGUUUGAAGCAGCGGGCAAUGAUCGAUAUCUACGCUGACGACGAAGAUGCCAUCGAUCCAGUCUAUCAGGCAAAGGCCAGACUAUUGAACGACGCUAUCCAAGAGAUUGGGAUGGGGAGAUAUCAGUGGUCACUAUUCCUCGUUGCAGGGUUUGGCUGGUUCGCAGAUAGCGUCUGGCCGCUUCUCAGCGGUCUCAUUCUAGCACCUGUACUCUCCGAGUUCAGUUUCAAUGGUCCAUUUCUGUCAUUAGCUGCCAAUAUUGGCCUGCUCGUCGGCGCAGUGGUCUGGGGAGUAGGUUGCGAUAUAUGGGGCAGGAGAUGGUCGUUCAACUUGACCCUCUUGAUCACUGGUAUUUUUGGCUUAUUGGCGGGUGGAGCAGCCAAUUUCGUAUCGUUGGCCUCGCUCAUCGCUGUGGUUGGUGUGGGCGUUGGAGGGAACAUGCCUGUUGACUCUGCUGUAUUUCUGGACAUGGUGCCCGGCACACAUCAAUACCUCCUAACUGUUAUGUCCAUUUGGUGGGCGUUCGGUCAGUUGUUCGUAAGCCUUAUCGCCUGGCCGUUUAUAGCCAAUUUCUCGUGUGACCCCUCAUCAGUGACCUGUGCAAGAAAAGACAACAUGGGAUGGCGCUAUCUCCUCUUCACCCUUGGCGCCUUGACAUUAUUCAUGUGGGGCUUGCGAUUCUUCGUCUUUACCCUCCUAGAAAGUCCGCGCUAUCUCAUUGGGUUGAAUAAAGACGAGGAAGCGGUCGAGGUCAUACACAAGCUGGCCGAGCGGAAUGGGACGAAGACAACUCUAACCGUAACCCAUCUUCGGGAGGCGCAAGCUCUCGUAACGGAGAAAUAUUCUCGUGAAACAGACUCAGCUGGAAGCGUCUACGGCGUUGGCCAGCUCGAGACUACGAACAGGCACGCUAUAUUGAGCAAAAGCUCUGUUUACGGAGUCGGCCAUAUCAAGGCGCUGUUCAGGACCCGCAAGUUGGCGUGGUCGACUACGCUUCUCACUGCCCUCUGGGGGAUUAUCGGGCUCGCAUCCACCCUAUACAACAACUUCCUACCAUUCAUCUUAAACAGUAGAGGUAGGGACUUCGGGGAUGGUUCUUUAAACACCACAUAUCGCAACCAAGUUAUCCUAUCCGUCCUUGGAAUUCCCGGCGCUCUCCUCGCCGGUUGGGCUGUGGAAUCGCCAUGGGUCGGUCGCAGAGGCACACUCGCGAUUUCCUCCGGGCUCACAGGUGCCUUUCUCCUCGCGACUACCACCGCACGGAGCUCCAAUGCUCUGUUGGGGUGGAACUGCGCAUAUGCGUUCAAUAGCAACAUAAUGUAUGGUGUUCUGUAUGCACUUUCUCCUGAAGUCUUUCCAGCCAAAGAUAGGGGUACUGGUAACGGUCUUGUCUCCACUGCAACUCGCGUAUUUGGUGUGAUAGCACCGGUGAUUGCGCUCUAUGCUGACUUGAAGACGGCGGUGCCAGUGUACAUCGCUGGGGCGUUGAUCAUGGUGGCGGGCGGCUUGUCGCUUUUGCUACCGUAUGAACCUCGAGGGAAGGCUUCUAUCUAA